AAAUGCAUCCACAAGUGAUACAGUAACCUUGGCUAUCUGUGAAGUGCGAAGGAAAUUCUUUGAUGAACUAUUGAAAGAUGACGGGUGGCUUAUCGAUGAUCAUAUCGACUCGGCCUUAUACCACAUUAGGGAAAGGGCAGUGACAUAUCCACAUAUAUUUCAGCAAGAUUGUGCUAUAUUGGAUUGUUAUUUUUGGCAACUUAUGAAAAAAGCCUACCUAAAAAUGGGUGCACGUAAAAAGAAAAAUGGUAACUAUGUAUUUGACCAAGAGCUCGUCGAUUAUGUUGAAGGGGCUUCACCGGUGCUCGGUAAACACUGGAGUAACUGUAAAUUUUUGUAUGUUCCUUACUGUGUACCGGGUUCUCAUUGGUUUGCACUGAAGAUUGAUUUGACGGAGCGAACUAUUUACAUUUACGAUAGUUUGCCAAAACACAUCCGCGCUGCUCAGCUGGCCGAAUGCAUGAAACCUAUUCAAGUGGUAAUUCCCUUGUUGAUAAAGGAACACAUAGCGCGUGAAGAAAAAUUCAGCACCAGCAUGUUUCGUUAUCAGAGGGUUGUAGUUCCUGAACAAACAAACGGGUCUGAUUGUGGGCUUUUCACAGUGAAAUUCAUUGAGUUUUUACAAGCUCAAUUGAAUAUGAAUUUGAUUCGUCCGGAAUAUAUGUCUAUUUGGAGGAACAAAUUAGCUGCAGAGAUAUUUGCAUGGCACUUUGAUCCGUAG